AUGUAUUUAGUGUACUGGGAAUUGCCUGAUAACAGCAUGUUAGAUAAUUUUGUUCUACAUUUAGUAAAAUUGUGCAUUGGGAUAACACGCAGUACAAGGACAAAUAUGCAUGUUGUUAUUGCUGCAUCAAUUUUGUUCUGCAUUGGAUUAAUUGGAAAUUCUAUCACUGUGUGUUUUGUUGCUGUGUCAAAACAACUUCACACUCCGACAUACGUCACGAUUGGAUGCCUAGCAGUGUCUGACGUACUCGUCUCCGUGACGCAAUAUGUUCGUAUUCUACCAGGUCCUAAUGAAUAUUUAUUGAAAGAUAACUCUAGAAAUUUGAUGUAUGCGAUAUUUUCUUUUUUAUGUAUUCAUUCGGCAUGUUUCCAUAUGGUAUUAGUAGCAUAUGUACGUUUUGUUUUCAUUACAAAUCCUCUCCGCAGUUUGAAUCUGACUUGCAAACGAAUUUUGUGGAUGUCUUUUGCCGUUUGGAUAAGCUCUAUUGUCGUUUCCAUCGGAUACGGAAUAGAUAAAGUGCUAUUUUUAAUGGGCAUAGUAUCCUUCGAAACUGUUUUUUUCAUUGAGGUUGGGUUUGGUUCGUAUGUUAGUGGUUUACCAUUUAUUAUUUUAGUUGUAUUUAAUGUUCGAAAGCUGUAUUAUCUGUACAACCAAACAGCUUAUGUUCGACGAACCAGAAUAGCAAAUUCGAUGUCGUUGAUGUUUUUUAUUAUUACCGUGAUUUUUCUCCUUCACGUAAUAUAUCCUUUGUUUUACGAAAUCGACUUAGCAGUAUUAAAAGACGGGUCAAUUUUAAAUAGACGCUUAGACAUAGUUAAUAAAAUGUAUUUAUUUGCAUUGCUUGUUAAUAGUAGUUUAAAUCCUUUGGUGUAUUUCAUGUUUUCACCCCCUGUUUUAAGACUUCUAUCUCGAUUUAGAAAAUAUUGUAAUCAUUGCACAUAUCCAUGUAUUAGUAAUCCCAGUUCGGGUCUGUAA